CCGGCUCUCGGUGCGGGGAACCGGGGUGGCCCCCGGGGACAAUUCUGGGGGCCGGCCGGACCGGGGAGGCGGGUGCUCAGCGGGCCUCAGGGGUGAAGCCCCGCCGCCGGGAGCAGAGGAAGGUCAGGACAGGGCCUCUCGCCCCAGAGGCCUCCCACGGUUCCGAUGGCCAACAUCACCCACCCAGCCCCACCCCGCCCCCGGCUCCCCCGCAGAAAGGGGGACUCGCGGACAUCUAACACUUGGGGUGAAUAAUCGUCAGCCCCCCUUGCCCUGGGCUUCUCUCCAGACCAGUGGGGGCACCUGACCAAGACGGAGCCGCUGCCCUGCCUGUGGGGAACCGCGCAGUUCCUGGCAGGUCCUGCCCACGGGUGUAUUUAGAACCUUAGGACGGGGGUCCCUGGAGGGACGUGGGCUCAGUCAGCAGAGGCUGUGCAGGCAUAUUGAGCUGGUGGUGCCUGAGAUUCUGACACUCCUGCCUGUCGCUCUUGGAGGGAAACCCAGGGUGCCUCUGCUCAAGGCUGGGCCUUUCAGGGAAGAGCAGGGGCAGUUAUUCCUGCAUUACCAGGGGACAACGCCAGCCCAGAAAGUACCCGCGUUCCAGCCAGCGGCCUCGGCCAAGGCACGGGUUGUCAGCGGGGCAUCAGGGGUGUGCCUGCGGCCGCAGACAGAUGGGGCGAACCUGGGCUCCAGGUUGCAGAGCGGGGGCUGUGUGGGCGGCCUGCAAGGUUUCAAGGUUCCUCUGGCAGCCCUAAGCUUCCCCAGACUGAGUAGCGCGCGGCCCUCAUGCAGCCAGCCUGGGCUGGGCCUGGGCCAGGAAGCAGAGGGUCAAGGUGCAGCGGCCUGAGAAAGUGCCUCUGCAGAGCGGGAUUUCAGGAUCAGGGAAAGAGGUGGCCAGUGAGAACCAGGCCGGCAGGCGUGGACAGGGAGUGUCUAUUCACACACUCAGGCUGGAGAGGAAAACAGGAGAAGGCGGCAGUGAUGGUCGAAGGCAGCGCCUGAAACCCCUCCCCCAGAGGCCCCCACGGACCUGCUGUGCCCACCCCGCUCUGAGGCGCCUAGAAGCCGGCGGCCCCGGAGCAGUGGCCGCGCCACGCCGGCCCCCUCGCGCAGGACCCCGCCGGCCCCGCCCGCCGGCCCCGGGCCGCGCCCGCCAUGUCCUACCCGCAGUUUGGGUACCCCUACUCCUCGGCACCCCAGUUCCUGAUGACCACCAACUCCCUGAGCACGUGCUGCGAAUCCGGUGGCCGCACGCUGGCCGACUCCGGGCCGGCUGCCUCGGCCCAGGCGCCCGUCUACUGCCCGGUCUACGAGAGCCGGCUGCUGGCCACCGCGCGCCACGAGCUCAACUCAGCCGCGGCGCUGGGCGUCUAUGGGGGCCCCUACAGCGGCUCGCAGGGCUACAGCAACUACGUGACCUAUGGCUCCGAGGCGUCUGCCUUCUACUCGCUGAACAGCUUCGACUCCAAGGACGCGCCGGGAUCUGCGCAUGCGGGCCUCGCUCCGGCCGCCACCGCCUACUACCCCUACGAGCCGGCGCUGGGCCAGUACCCCUACGACAGGUACGGGACCAUGGACAGCGGCUCGCGGCGGAAGAACGCCACGCGCGAGACCACCAGCACGCUGAAGGCCUGGCUGCAGGAGCACCGCAAGAACCCCUACCCCACCAAGGGCGAGAAGAUCAUGCUGGCCAUCAUCACCAAGAUGACCCUCACGCAGGUCUCCACCUGGUUCGCCAACGCGCGCCGGCGCCUCAAGAAGGAGAACAAGAUGACCUGGCCGCCCAGGAACAAGUGUGCGGAUGAGAAGCGGCCCUGCGCAGAGGGCGAGGAGGAAGAGGGCGGCGAGGAGGAAGCCCGGGAGCAGCCCCUCAAGAGCACCAAGGGUGAAGAGCCCAUCUGCAAAGAGAAGGAUCUGGAGCUCAGCGACUUGGAGGACUUCGACCCCCUGGAGGGGGAACCCCCAGAGUGCGAGCUGAAACCGCCCUUCCAGCCCCUGGACCGAAGCCUGGAUAGAGUCCCCACCGCACCAGAUGGCCCCAGCGCCCCGGGGAAGGAGGCUCCGGGGGCCCUCCGGAUGCCCCUGGCCGCUGGGGGAGGGGCCAGUCUGGACCAGAACCUGGAGAGGGCCCGAAGCUGCCUCCGGAGUGUGGUGGCUGGGCCGGAGCCACAGCCGAGCUCGGGCGCGGGGGGCGGCCCACAGGCCUGUGAGCCCAAGCUGGGCUUUGCUCCGGCUGGGGUGUCGGCAGGCCUCGAGGCCAAGCCGCGCAUCUGGUCCCUGGCGCACACAGCCACCGCCCUCAGCCAGACUGAGUUUCCCUCGUGCAUGCUCAAGCGCCAAGGCCCCGCUGGCCCUGCGGCCCCCGCCUCAGCACCCGCGGCCUCCUCCUCGCCUGUGGCCCCAGCUCCCGCAGGUGCCCUGGACAGGCACCAGGACUCCCCGGUAACCAGUCUCAGAAACUGGGUGGACGGGGUCUUCCACGACCCCAUCCUCAGGCACAGCACUUUGAACCAGGCCUGGGCCACCGCUAAGGGCGCCCUCCUGGACCCGGGGCCGCUGGGCCGCUCCCCGGGGGCGGGCGCCAACGUGCUGACGAAACCCCUGGCACACUCCUUCCCGCCUGCUGCGCCCCACGACGCCCCCACCUCCAGCGCAGCCAAGGAGCUGCUGGCCAUGCCCAAGGCCGGGGGCAAGCCCUUCUGCGCCUAAUUGGCCGGUCGUCUGGGCCAGGAGGGCGCCGGCACGCAGGCUGCAGGCUCCAAAGUGGCCAACUCUUUUUCUACCGAGUUUCCAAAGCGAGGCAAGAGCUUGGCAGAGCUCAGGCCGAGAACCCACCCUGGAGGGAGGAUCUGGACGCAGGCUCCCGGGGCCACAGACCAGCCCCCCGAGCGCCUGGACGUGAGUCAGCCAGGCCAUGCCAAACUCGGGGACCCGGCAGGACAGGGCUGCUCUCAGAGCAGCAGGGAAACACCCUGAAGCAUAAGGUUUACGUCCAAAAGUUUACACGCAGGAGACGUUUCCGUCUGAGGCCUGUUGUGUUGCUGUCUCCUUUAGGGCUGGAGGCUCGCCUCUGUUCCGUUUGAGGACUCCUCAGCCUGCUGACCUUCUGAUCUCAUCCUCAGCACAUACUUUUCACCAACAGCACUUCCACCGAGUUUACACUAUUGCACACUCUGAACUCAAUACAAGUAUGUUUUUUUAAUGUAUGUUCACACCAGUAAUUGCCUGCUUCGGAGGCUGAUAUAACAAAACCAAUAAAACCGAGUGAUGGUGUUUGCAUUGCAAAA